AUGCGGUUUAUUCCACUUGCUUUGGGCCUCAUGGCCACCACCUCCAGUGUCAUCGCUAGCCCUACCGACGUUCAGUCGGUGACCGUUCAGCUCAGCAACGAGCAGUCUGGCGCCAACGCCAACGUUGAUAUUCCCACCGACGGCAAUCAACGCUCCAUCCAGAGCCUCUGGGGCCAUACCGAUGUGACCGUCAAAGGCGUUGUUACUGCCUCGAGUGCCCAGUUCAAUAAGUUCCAGCAGACGAGCCACUGCAAGAUUGUUCAGCAGCCCGACGUGAAUGCCGAGCUCAACGCACAGCAAACCUGGGUCAGCCUUAAUCAGGGCAAGUUGGUUCAGCUCAGUCACGGGCACAUUCGCUGCUGGGAAUCCAAGAAUUAA